AAAUGCGCACAAAACGGUGGCGUAAGCUCAUUGGUUAUUUUUUGACAAUUUUCCAAUUCCAAUUAGAAUUAUUGACAUGAGCAGGUAGUCGUUUUCGUGUUUUUAGUUUGUUGUUGUAGUAAGAAGCAAUUUUCAGAAAAAUGGAAUGAUUUUUCAGUACCUGUUUGUGAUAUAUUAGAUUAGCAAUAUAUGCCUAUAUAUUCUGAUGUAAAUUGUCUUUCACCGAUGUAAAUUUCUCUAAUUACAGUUUGUACAUAAUAUUCGGCAGUUUCAAACGUAGGUUAAUUUAAGCAUGAAAAACCUAGGGAUAUAUUUAUUUUUGAGUGUUCUAUUGAUUCUUAAUAUCGAAGCAAAGAAUAAAAAAUCUAAAUCAGUAACUACUUUAUUAGAAGCGAAAUGGAGUGCUACUCCUUUAUUAUUGGAAGUUGCAGAAUAUUUAGCGGACGAAAAUGUAGAUUUUUAUUGGAAUUUUAUAGACUCUAUAUGUAGAUUGAACCCUCCACUAAACGAAAGAGAAAAUGAUAAACUGAAAUACGAUGCUGUGAUAGAUAUAGCAGGCAAAACCAUCACACCAGCUGAAUUGGAAGUCCUAAAAUUGGGUCUCUCCCUUCACAUAUACUCACCUAAAAUACAAAUGUUCAACCAAAUAGCCUCUGAGAGAAAUCUACCAGAAUGUCCUACCGUAGUUGAUGUCAAUGGCCAUUUGAUAUGUUCUUUAGAUGAAUUGAAGAAUUAUUUCAAAAAAAGUCCUUUACAAGUUAAAGACAGAGUGGAAAUAUUCAAUGUAGAUACACAUUUUCCGGGAUCUCAAAAUAGGAGCAAUAUAGCAAUUUUGUAUGGUGCUUUGGGCUCCAGGGAAUUCUCACAAUUUCACAAUUUUUUGUCCAGAAAAGCUGAAGAGGGUGUUAUUGAUUAUAUUAUAAGGCAUUUCGUCAAGAUCGAAAAUGGCAAGAAACUAAGGCUUUCUGGAUAUGGUGUCGAGCUUCAAAUGAAAUCAACUGAAUAUAAGGCUCAAGAUGACGCAGAAAUUCAUGAUAAUCAAUCAGAAGAAUCAAGCCAAGAGGAUGAAGAGUCUGAAAUUGAAGGCUUUGACUUCUCAAAAUUGAAGACAUUGUUUCCGGACAAACUCAAUGAAUUGAACAAAUUCAAGCAACAUUUAGAAGAAUCUUCUAAUGAAAUGGCUCCUUUAAAAGUGUGGCAGUUUCAAGAGCUUAGUCUUCAAGCUGCCGAACGAAUAAUGAAUGCCCCUAAAGAAGAAUCGUUGAAAGUUCUUACUUAUGUUGCUCAAAAUUUUCCCAUGCUGGCAAAAAGCUUGGUCAAAACAACUGUCAAAUCAGAACUGAAGAAGGAAGUGAAGAAAAAUCAGGAAAUUUUUGGUCUGACUCUAAACCUUCAACCUCAAGAUACAGCCUUUUUCAUUAACGGCAUGUUCUUUGAUGUAGACAUCGUGGAUGUUUAUGGAAUUCUUGAUGUUGUAAGACAAGAACUUCGUACAAUGGAAGGUUUACAUAAGAUUGGUGUGGGCAACAAACAGUUAAGUUCUUUGUUGGCGCUGGAUUUGACAGAAGCAGGUGGCACACAAGAAUUCGCCAUAGAUAUAAGAGACACAGCUAUUCUCUGGGUCAAUAACAUUGAAACUGAUUUGAAGUACAACCGAUGGUCCUCAAGUUUGAUGGAUUUGCUCAGACCCACCUUCCCCGGUAUGAUGAGACAGGUCAAGAAAAACCUCUUUAAUUUGGUUUUGGUAAUUGAUCCAACUGAUAUCAAAACAAGGCCAAUUGUGAAACUCAUUGAAUCGUUCAUUGUACACACUGUACCUCUCAGAGUAGGCUUGGUAUUUAAGGUAGAUCCAUCUAGUAGUCUUACAGGUUUGGAUGAUGCAGGAGUUGCCAUGCAGUGUGCGUUCAAUUAUGUGUCUCAGGUGAAAACACCUCAAAAUGCUGUUUCAUUCUUGAAAAACGUCAUGGCAUCAGCUGGAAAUAAAAAAGUAACUGUGGAUGAUGUAAAGGCUCAAUUGAAGAAGGAUAUAGCGGAUAUAGAAGAAGUUCUAGGUUCUUAUUCUGAUUACGAUUUUGGCAGACAGUUAUCGCACGAUUUCAUCCAACGUUUGGGUAGAAACAACCUACCUCAGGCACUAAUAAACGGUAUUCCACUUGCUACAAAUCAGAUAAACGCAGAUGAUUUUGAAGAAGCUGUACUUUCCGAAGUUAUGACACAGACACAAGCUUUUCAAAGAGCUGUUUAUCGGGGCAAGUUAACAGAUGUGGACGAUGUUGUUGAUUACAUGAUGUCUCAACCUAAUGUUAUGCCCAGACUGACCGAACGUGUUUUGAACAAAGAGAAAUCCAUCAACCUAGACAUGUUGGGGGUUCCAUCAAGCAUUACCGAUGUUCAGAAUUUAAUCAAACUGAGUCCUAGAGACAUGACAGCCACUGCCUUAGAAAACGUCAAGUAUUUUUCAGUAUUCAAAAAAGGAAGAAAAUUCCACACUUUCACAUACUGGAUUGUUGGAGAUUUGAGUUGCAAUAAAUCUAGGGACGUUUUUUUGGCAGCUUUAGAACAUGCUAAGUCUGAAUCUGAUAUAAGAGUGACAUUUAUGCCCAACGUUGAAGGAUCCGGUAAAAAUUCUUUGAACAAAGUAGUCAUAGCAGCAUUGGAAACGUUGCCAUCAGAUAAGUCGCUAGAUUUCGUAUUGAAUCUUCUUAAGAAGAAAGAUGAAGUCGAAAGAAUCCUGAAAGAUGAUUUAUCCACUAUACCUAGCGAGGUGAAAUCUAAAGUGGGCAGUCAGGAAUUAAAUUUGAAAAUGUUGAGAGUAUAUUGCCAAAGAGUUUUAAGGUUAGGUGUGGGGCAAAGAGCGAUUGUAGCCAAUGGAAGGAUGUUAGGUCCCUUAGACGAAGAUGAGGUGUUUAUUGAAGAAGAUUUUGCUCUUUUUGAAAGAUACAGUUCAGUUCAAUACCUUGAUAAAAUUGUUGAAGUUUUGUCCAAAGAAACUGAUGACGCUGAAGAUAUUUCCAGUAAUUCUCUGUUGAAAAUUGUGUCGUUAUUGGUAUCGAAACCCCAAUCUAAAUCUAGAUUUGACGUUAAAGGCGAAACAGAAGAGCAUUCUGUUGUUAAAAUUCCUGCGAGACAUUCAGAUGAGGUUGCUUUUGAACUAAUAGCUAUAGUAGACCCAGUUUCUAGAGGAGCUCAAAAACUAGGACCUAUUUUGCAAGUCCUUCAUGAGGUUCUUAAUUGUAAUAUCAAGAUAUUCUUGAAUAGUGUUGAAAAAAAUAGUGACAUGCCUCUAAAGAGCUUCUAUCGUUUUGUACUUGAAAAAGAAAUUCAGUUUGGGGAAAAUGGAAAGCAACUUUCUGGUCCAAUUGCCAAAUUUGCAAACAUGCCAACAUCACCGCUACUCACUCAAAACUACCAUGUACCUGAAAAUUGGCUUGUUGAAGUAGUCAGAUCAGUCUACGAUUUGGACAAUAUCAGAUUAGAGAAUGUCGACACAAAUGUGCAUAGUGAGUACGAACUCGAGUACUUACUCUUGGAAGGGCAUUGCUUUGAUGCUACGUCUGGUAGUCCCCCUAGAGGCCUACAAAUAACCCUUGGAACUGAAAAUGAGCCAGUUAUUGUCGAUACAAUAGUUAUGGCAAACCUUGGUUAUUUCCAAUUGAAGGCUAAUCCAGGCGCUUGGCUGUUGAAGCUUAGACAGGGAAGGAGCUCUGAAAUUUAUGAUAUCAUUAGUCACGAUGGAACAGAUACUCCUGCAAAUUCUACCGAUAUCAAAGUACUUAUCAGCUCUUUGCGGUCUCAUAUCGUCAAAUUGAGGGUGCAAAAGAAACCAGACAAAUUCAACAUGGAUUUGUUAUCCGAAGAUGAUCCAUCGACUGGUAUUUGGAAUUCUAUUGCAAGUUCUUUUGGAGGCAACGAAGAUGAACAGGAAGAAAAACUCAACAUUUUCUCACUAGCUUCUGGUCAUUUGUAUGAAAGGUUUUUGAGGAUCAUGAUGUUGUCUGUACUUAAACAUACAAAAACUCCUGUGAAAUUCUGGUUCUUGAAGAACUACCUUUCUCCUCAAAUCAAGGAUUUUUUGCCAUAUAUGGCUAAAGAAUAUGGAUUCGAAUAUGAAUUAGUCCAGUACAAAUGGCCCAGAUGGCUACACCAGCAAACAGAAAAACAGAGGACAAUUUGGGGUUAUAAAAUACUUUUCCUUGACGUGCUAUUCCCCCUAGAUGUGAAAAAAAUCAUAUUCGUAGAUGCUGAUCAGGUCGUGAGGGCGGAUCUUAGGGAGUUACAACAGUUAGAUUUGGGCGGAGCCCCGUACGGCUACACCCCCUUCUGUGAUUCGAGGAGGGAAAUGGAUGGAUUUAGAUUUUGGAGACAGGGCUACUGGAGGAACCAUUUGCAAGGCAGAAAGUACCAUAUUUCUGCUCUCUACGUUGUGGAUCUGAAGAGAUUCCGUAGAAUAGCUGCAGGUGAUAGGCUGAGAGGUCAAUACCAGGCUUUGAGUCAAGAUCCUAACAGUUUAUCCAAUUUGGAUCAGGAUUUACCAAAUAAUAUGAUUCAUCAGGUUGCUAUUAAAUCUCUUCCCCAGGAAUGGUUGUGGUGUGAAACAUGGUGUGAUGACAGUUCGAAAAAAACAGCCAAGACUAUCGAUCUGUGUAACAACCCCUUGACCAAAGAAGCAAAAUUAUCAGCGGCCGUUAGGAUAGUGCCAGAAUGGCAAGAUUACGAUAACGACGUAAGGAAACUUCAAAAGAAAAUUGAUUCUGGGUUGAUGGAUGAAGAUCCUGCAAUAGAAAAUGAUAUUCCUGACAGUACUGAUAUGCAUACAGAAUUGUAGGAUGUUUAAAUCAAUUUAUAUACAAAUUUUUCCAAGUAAAAAGUCGAUAUUUACAAA